ACAUUGCACUCUCGAGCUGGACACAGUGAAUCGAUCACUGGCCUAAGAACGGAACCCUUUGCACCACGUCCCGCCGAACGUGUCUUCGCGACCACGAGCCUGUUUGCGCGUUCCGAAUCUAGCCACGCCUCUUCUCACCGCAGGCAACAUCGACCAUGGAUUCCACUUUGCGUCUCAAAGCCCGCCCACCCGUGGAGGAUGAGAUUGAAAACUGGGAUGAUGACGACUUCUUGAUUGAUGGUGACGACCUUGCCUUCCCCUCUCUCACGAACUCGGCCAACAUUUCAUCCAAUCGUCGCGAUUCCCAAUCCUCGUUCCGGUCCGAUUUUGAGUCCGUUCAUGGGGAGGAAGAAAAGCAGGUUCACCUGCCAGGAAAUGACGAGAAGUCGACUCUCGAUGCCAUAGCCGCUGCCGCAAAAGCUGGAAUUCCGAUUCCCAAGAAUGUCCCGCCCUCGGCUCUGAUGGGAGGCACGAUCAAGCGGCUGGGAGGCAGGAAGAUCAAAAAGAUUAUCCAGGAGGAUUGGGUUGACGACCUUGAGUUUCCCGAUACCGGCCAGUCCUUGCAGAUCAAGACCCGGGACGGCGCCCAGUUUCCCGAGGUCCUGCGACAAGUCAGUAAUUCGGCACAACCGAGCCCAUCGAAGCCCCCGAAAGACGCUUCCAUGCCGGUUCCGGAGGAGCAAAAGGAUGCGAAGUCAGCUUCUUCGAGUUUCAUUGACCUAGAACGCUUUCGUGAUGCCGAUGACGAUGACGAUUUUUUCGGAGACGGCGCUGAGACUAUCAAGGUGUCUAAGAAACGCGUGCCGCCGAAGCCUCUUUCCCUGAUCACAUCAUCGCCGACUCCCCGCAAACCGGUCAACGAUGAAGAUGAUUUUGAGAAGGACUUGGAGCUCCCCGAGGAUGGCAGGCUGAAACUUUCUGCUCGGAGGGACAUCCCUAAGACACCAACUCUCACCACGCUCGUGGACGACCUCGAUUGGGCCGAAGGCAGCCUUGGAACCAGAUUUGGCGGCACUCGGCGCGAUGCGCAGUCCACCCGGAGCUCAUCCGUCUCUGCGUUCAGUCCCAGUAUCUCGAGCUCAAUCACCGCAGAGAGCGAGGAUGAAACAUUUGACGGCCUAAUUAUUCCCAGCGGUCCGAUUGAUUUUGGAGAACGCCUGAAGCGCCGUCGCCAAAGCCGAUCUCCCGCGCGCAUCCUAGAAAAGCCCAUCAUGGAAGAACCAGCGAAAGAGGAGCUAGUCAAGCCGAAGUCCGCUAAAGAGGAGAGAGACGAGGAGAAAGAGGAUUUUUUGGCAGGCCUCGAGAUUGGCGAUGGGGAGGUUUUUGACUCGAGAAAACUGACACUACACCGCAACAUUCAGGUCAAGGCCACCAGACCCUCCAGCCCAUCGCGACCCAAAGCAUCGGUGGCUCUCAAAUUCACAAACAAGCCGGUCACAGCUUCCCGUCUUCCUCGGCCGAUGAGUUCGAUGAAUACAAUGGGUUCGAUGGGCUCAAUGGUGAGCCACGAGCGAUCUCACACGCAAUCCUCACUGGAACCAGUCUCCGAGAGCGGUGGUCCCAUUCCUCGCGCCCAAUCUAGACGGUCUCUGUCUCGCAUCGGCCAUUCGGCGCACUCCUCGGUGACGAGCGUGAGCAGUGCCACGACUCCCCCAACUCCCUCAUCAACCCAGACCGUCACCCCAUCCACGCCGCGAAGAAGGGAGCUUGGGCAAAUGACGUCGACAACAUCGCUCAGGGAGCCAACGACCACAAGUGCCCAGUUGCUUCGGCUCAAGCGGUCAAUGCCGUCGAUGCACGCGCAGCAGUCCCCCGCGCGGCCCCCUCCCCCGCCGACUCGGACGUACGAGCGUCCUCCGUCGCGCACCGAACCGCCGAGCAGGACGGCCCACUCAGUGCGGCCCAAGACCCCUGUAGAGCGAAUGCGGUCUUCCGAGAGCGCUGCGGCGUUGGCCCGCAAGGCACCGGUUCCAUUCUUGCCUGCCGGGGCGUCGGCGGCUCAGUCGCAUAACAUCAACGCUAAAGGCUCUCGGACCUUCCGCCGCCACGAUUCGGACACCAGCAUCGAGUUCCGGCCCCACUCGCGAGCUGUGUCUCGGUCCACGAUACGAUCGCCUAGUCCGCGCAGGUAUCGGCCGACAGAAAAGGUCACCCCGGACGGCGCCUGGGGCAAGCUCAGUAUGCCCCGGCGCGUGCGGAACUUUGGUGAUGGUCACGAGUUGGACGCCUUCGAUGACCUGCCCACAUCCAGCCAGGCGGAAGCGAAGUUUUUGAAGCAGCCGGUCAGCGCCAAAUCCCAGACGCGGAUCAAGAAUCACCAGAACGUCGUCUCCGACCGCACUGUUACUCCAUCUCCCAGCACGCCGUACUCUUCUCGGGCCGAUUAUGUGCCGAGUUUUGCUCGCGAUACCGCCGCAAGCCGGAUCGCCCGGGAAACGGUUCUGGCACAACGCAACCCGUCAGGAGUGCUCGCGCCGCUCACAGCCCAGCGUGUCGCUCAGCUUUCAAGGGGCAACUUGAAUGCGCAAGCUCAGUCCUCGGCAUCGACACUGAAAGCCAAGAAGAUACGAAGAUCUCCGCAGUCGAAGCCGCACUUGAUAUCAAAUCUGAAUCCCCCCAGAGACCCAAAGAUGGUCAAGGGCAUGUGGUACAACCCGGAGACCUUCCGCUGGGAAGGCAAUGACAAUGCUCUCAGCGCGUUUGACGUUCCGGCUUCCUCCCCAUCUACCGCAUCUGUGCCCCCUCACCUCAUACGCGACCAGAAUGCGACACCUCGUCCAGCUCUGAUUACCAACAUCGGCGCCACCAAGGGCGUCCAAGUUGUGGGCGGCAUGGUCUUUGACCCGCAGAACAUGUGCUGGCUCAAGCUGGGUCCGCCGAGCAAAUCGGGGGAAAGCGAUCCUCUGGAUGGUUUUAACGCCAUCGAGGACGAGGAAGACGUGUUCAAAGACAUCCCGGACCUCGAAGAGCGCACCAUGGCAUCCAGCGACGGCGGUAAUGCCCGUGUCAGCGACAUCAAUCAAGAGUGGCCCGUGGGCGAGGAGUUUGACGUCGGCCCAGAGUUUGUGCGCCGGCAGCGGGAGGAAGAGGAGCGGUGGAGAAAGAAAUGCCAUGUCUGGAUUGACAGCCAGGUCGACCGUGGCGACGCCUGGAAAUGGGCCAUCCGAGACAUUGUCAGCCAGAGCUUGGCUGAGUGAGGCGGCACGGGGG